UAGUUGUAUGUAUAUAGGAGUGUCUUACAGUAGUUGCUUGCUAAUAUAUAUAUAUAACCCUAGAAAUUCUGCUAGAAGUAUAGCAAAUACUCCCGAUGAGUUCAUCAGGAGACCUUCUCCCGCCAGAGAUCCUAUUACGUGUCUUCCAAUGGCUACCGCAAGUGGAUCUAUUACAGAUGUCUCUUGUGUGCCAGCAGUGGCACAUCGUUGCCAUGGAUAGCACACUCUGGACACACAUCACCUGGGAAACCGAACUCGCAUGCAGGUGGAUGAUGGUCACGCUCCCACACUACCAAGCCUUACUGAAACGUCCGCAGUUCUGUGCAAUGCGUAAGCUCAAACCCCCAUCCCGAAAGGGUACAUGUAUAACAUUGAAUAUAGUGAGGGACUUAUCAGAGAGCUGUCCGCACAUACAGACACUCGAUUUGUCAUGCUGGGAUGCAUAUGCGACUGAGUUACAUCACUUUGCGGAUAUUCGCAGUUUACGAGGUGUAUGGUUCGGUAGUAUCAAAUCAGAAUCACAUGCGCAUCUCAAACUGUGUGAGGCUAUGGGCACCAGCAUGAUCGAUUUGCGGGUGAGGUCCAUUAGCUGGCAUGAUACAGACGCUCUAUUAAAGCUCUUACAAAAGGUCUCGACCAGUUGUGUCAAUGUAAAAAUCUUGUAUGCACACGUCCCACUAUACAAUGGAUUGUGCGGCCAAGUUGUAGCGGUGCUGAAGCGGUUCACACACUUACAAGUACUUAGUCUGUGCUGGCGUGAAGGUACAGACAGCACCCACUGGCAAGACAUAUAUGAGGAAAUAGUGCAGGGGUGUGAAAAUAACGCCUUCCGUGAAUUGCGCACCAUUGUGUUCACACAGCGUGAUUAUGCGAGACUGCGUAAACCGCUCAAACGCAAGUUGCGCAAGUUGGGACUGUUGGAAGUUCGGAACGACCCUGGCACGUACCCGCACUUGUUCCCUGAUGCCGUGUUGGACUAUUCUCAGUUGAGUUCCAAUUAG